AUGGGAGCUAGGGUUGGUAUUUCAGUACACGGAAAAUUCUGUGUAGCAACAGAGAAUUCGAUCUUUGCAAUGCCAGAAAUUGGUGCCAGGUUGGAUGGUGCUGAAAUACUUGCUUGUGGUCUAGCAACUCACUUUGUUCCCUCAGCCAAAUUGCCUCUACUGGAAAAAGUUUUGAUUUCCAGAGCAGCUUCAGUCCUCAAGCUGUGA